AUACAUCUCUAGUUUUUACCCUCUUCUACUACAUUAAUGUUCAAUAUACUAUAUUCUUCAUAGUCCAAUCAUAUACGAUUGAACCCUCGCAACCCUCGUCGCUUUAAUCUAGACCGAAUCGGCGAAAUCUUUGACUGCUAGCUCUAGACUACGUCAAUUGGUGGGGAUUAAUGGACGAGUUCAUCUGUGUGACAUUAGCCGCGAGACCUCUAUCACCCCACAAACCCCAAGGGAAUCCAGAGGAGCCCCACGUAGAGAGGUAGGUUAAACACAAGUAUGUUAUGAGGUAACUAUCGUAGGUUGUUUCUCUUUUUUCCAAUUUCUUUCAUCUAAGGUUCAGUAUUUUUUAUCAUUUAUAAGCCUGGUGGUUUGUUUGAGUGUUCACGAUGGUGGAACCGAAGACCGGACUUGUCCUUGGCUAUAAUGGCAUCCACCCCUUUUCUAAGGUAAAAAUCACCGACCGUGCUUCCGUCCAAGAGCUUCUUGGGACUCUUCUCGAUCCCCUUGAGCCAUUCUUCUCUCCGUUGAAAGCUCGAGUGAAGUGUCCCGGAGCUACUGCCGUCAGGUUUGAUCAGACAGCUUCUGAGGUAGAAGGUAUCUGUCGGCCACUCUGGGGCUUAGCUUGUUUAUUAGCCGGGGGCGGUGAUUAUCACGGAAAAGAAUGGUGGAUUCAGGGGAUCAAGUCGGGCACCGACCCUGAGAACCCGGAGUACUGGGGAUACCCCCGAGACAACGACCAGAGAAUGGUAGAAAUGUGUCCUCUCGGUUAUGCGCUAGCCGUCGCCCCUGAAAUAUGGCAGUCAUUCAACGAAAAAGAACGAGAGAAUGUCGAAAACUGGUUAGGCAAUUCAAUAAACGAGAAGAACAUGCCAAACACCAACUGGCUGUGGUUCCGUGUUUUCGCGAACCUCGGGUUGAAGAAGAACGGGGGCAAAUUCUCGCAAGAGAGACUAGAUCGUGAUAUCGAACACCUCAACACCUUCUACCGUGGUGGUGGCUGGUCGAACGACGGGCCAGAGGGAAUUCACCAAAUGGACUACUACUCCUCCAGUUUCGCCAUCCACUUUCUACAACUUCUCUAUGCGAAACUCGCAGGUGAAGACGAACCAGCACGAGCCCAGGAGUUCAAAAGCCGUGCUAGUCAAGUUGCGCUCGACUUGAUCCACUACUACGACAACGAAGGCCGAUCUAUCCCCUUUGGCCGCAGCGUAGGCUAUCGAUUCGCAAUGGUGUCGUUCUGGGGUGCCUUAGCUUACGCCGGAGUCGAGCUACCCGAACCACUUACCUGGGGCAUGGUGAAAGGCGUAGUUCUGCGACACCUGCGAUGGUGGCAGACACAGCCUGAUAUCUGGAGUCCGAGUGGAACACUGACUAUUGGGUACUCCUAUCCCAAUAUGUAUAUGGCAGAAAACUACAACAGCCCCGGUAGUCCGUACUGGGCCUGUCUAGCCUUCAUCUGUCUCGCCGUACCAGCCGACCACCCCUUCUGGACCUCCGAAGAAGAGCUCGCGAGCCCUGUCAUCCCACAAGUCAAAGAGCUUCCACACCCAGGCCACAUCGCAAGCUACCUCGGCAACCACUGCAUGCUCCUCUCCUCAGGCCAAGCCUGCAGCUAUCCCAUGAAAGGCACGCACGCCAAAUACGGCAGUUUCGCCUACAGCUCCGCAUACGCAUACUCCGUCCCCCCGGGGCUCUUCACACUAGAGCAAUACGCACUCGCCUCACAACUCGGGUUCUCCGACGACGGCGGCGAGUACUGGAAGACACGUCGGGCGUCCAGCUACGCCGCUCUCGAACACCGGGGCUCAACCCCGGUUCUCGUGUCCCUAUGGAAACCGUUCCCAGACGUGACAGUGCGCACAACGCUUGUACCGUCCGACCCAGCGACGCCGAACUGGCAUCUACGCGCGCACCAUAUCACGGCCGGCCGCGAGGUGAUGACGGCGGACGGGGCGUUCGCGAUAAGCAACCAGCGCAGCGCGGACGGGCGGUACCUCGACCCGUACGAUGCCGCGACGCACGAGGGGACGUCGCCAAAGAUAAUCGGGAACUACGAUCUAGCGACACCCGCGGGCUGGGCUCCGGGCGCAGAGGGCGCGUUCGCGGUGUCGAAGGGGGCGGUGGGGAUUAAGGCGCUGGAAGGCGGGCGCGCUGCGAACUUGGUGAACGCGGACCCAAAUUCGAAUUUGGUGGAGAGUCGGACGGUGAUCCCGACGCUGCAGCACACGAUUAAGGCCGGGGAGACGGUGGCGUAUGUUUCGGCCAUCUAUGCGAAGCCGUCUGGGGAGGGGGUUCCGAGGGAGACGUAUUUGGAUGGGUGGGAGAAGCCGCCGGAGAUCCCGGGGUGGUUGAAGGCUGAGUUGGGGAUUUAGCCGUUUGGAUAGUUCCCUGGGUAGGUAAGUAAAUGAUGUAAAGAUCCAAUAUAGAUGUUUGUUCUGGUGCCUAGAU